CUUCACAACCGAGGCAAUAGUGGCGCCGAGGGGAGCAAUGAGAGCAGCGGCGGUCGCGGCUGUGGUGGUGGCGGUGGUGGUGGCGGUGGGUAAGGCAAGAGUCAACAGUGAGCCGGUGUGAGGUGAGGCAUGGCGGUUCGCAUGGUGGCGAUGGUGGCGGUGAUGGUGACGGCGGGGGCUGCUGGGGUGCUGGCGGGCAAGGGCGGGAGGUGUAUGGAGUCAACCUACAGGGCUGACGCUCCUUUGGCCACAGGAAGUACCGUGUGGCUGUAUGUGUUUAGGCUGCAACCAUGUAUGUACCACUCCGGCAUAGGCACACGAGGAGCUUACUGGGCUUACGCCGCUACGGGACAGUACACGAACCGCAACUACGCCCAGGACCGCUGCAAUGGUCCACUCGCCUACUGGUACAAGCUGGGCAGGACUAAUAGAACCAAGGAAGAAGUGCACACCAUCGUUAGCGACCUGGUUCGUUUCUGCUAUCCUGGCUACAGUAGCUGCUGGAGGUUUAUGAUGAGCCAUUACAGUGUCGGCUACUGGAACUGUAACUACUUCACUCACCAUCUAGCAGAGGCCCUUGACGUUCUCGACGGGUACCCUGACUGGCUGUGGCACUCCCCCUGGCCCGGGUUCAGCUGUUGAAUCCUGGGGGAGGGACGGGAGGAAGUGAAUAGGUAUGGAGGAGAGGAUGUAGCAUAGGGAGAGAUGAAGAAGGGGAAGACAUUUGAAGGAUAAAAAAGGGAAAGAAGGUGAAAUCGAAAAAGGAGGAAUGAACAGUAGAAGAGAAAUGUAAGGCUAGUAAAGGAAGGGGAGGAGGAAGGAAAAAUGGGAAAGAGGAAAAAAGAGACGUGAGAGGAAAAGCAAAACGGGAUGAUGGUAGGAUGCAAGAAUGAAACGGGAGAGUAAUAAAGGAUGGAAGGAUUUAUGAGAAGGUAUAAUGGAAUGAAGAACGAAUUGAGGUGUAAAGAAAGAGAAGGAGGGGAGGAGGAAACGAAUGAAAGAAGGAAAGGAUGGAAAAAGGAAGAGAGAUAAGGAAAAGUAACUGGAGAGAGAAAUAAUUGAAUAGGUCACACAGACAGACACACAUGAGACAAAGAGACAAGUCGACAGACAAAUAAACAAGGAAAGAAGAAAAAUAGUAUUAUCGUUGUAAAUAGUUUUAUUGUGUAUACCUUGGGAUAUAAAAAUAAACUGUCCACUUAAAA